AAGGCGCGCAGCCUGCGCGGCCGCCCGUGCGCUCCAGGGAACCCCGCGUGCAGCUGGGCUGCUGGAGCUGCGGCGGGCUGCCAGGCUGGGGAGCCCAGGGCCCGAGGAUGAAGCCGAGCUCUCCGCCACGCUGGCCCCUGUCCUGCUUGCUUGUGCUGCUGCCCUGGCUUCUGGCUACGCCCGCAUCAACGACGCCUUGGCAGUGCCCGCCCGGGGGGGAGCCUGAACCGGACCCGGGGCAGGGCUCGCUAUGCAGGUCCUGCCCCCCGGGCACCUUCUCAGCCUUGUGGGGCUCUAGGCCAUGCCAGCCCCACUCCCGCUGCAGCCUUCGAGGGAGGCUGGAGGUCCAGGCGGGCACAGUGACUCGAGACACACUAUGCGGAGACUGCCGGCCUGGGUGGUUUGCUCCUUCAGCGGCUCCCCAUGUUCCCUGCCAGCCAUGCUCCUGGCCACUUCUCGGUCCUCGUGGCUGUUAUGAGCGGACCCGGCGGACCCGGCGGACCCGGCGUGGUGUGGAGGUGACAGCAGGGGGCAGCGGCACUAGGGAGACACAGCAGCCUGGGAACAGCACGCGGGCCAGCGGCCCCGAGGAGACGGCUGCCCCGUACGCGGUUAUUGCCAUCGUGCCCAUCUUCUGCCUCAUGGGGCUGCUGGGCAUCCUGGUGUGUAACCUGCUCAAGCGGAAGGGCUACCACUGCACCGCCCACAAGGAGGUCGGACCUCGCCCUGGAGCUGGAGGCAGCGGGAACAACCCCGCCUACCGGGCUGAGGAUGCCAACGAGGACACCAUCGGGGUCCUGGUGCGCCUGAUCACAGAGAAGAAAGAGAACGCGGCCGCGCUGGAGGAGCUGCUGAAGGAGUAUCAAAGCAAACAGCUGGUGCAAACCAGCCAUGGGUCUGCGCCUAGGCUGCCGCCUGGACCCCCCAGCAUGCCAUACAUCUGUCCGCACCACCACCACCUCCACACCGUGCAGGGUCUGGCCUCACUCUCUGGCCCAUGCUGCUCCCGUUGUAGCCAGAAGUGGCCUGAGGUGCUGCUGUCCCCUGAAGCUGCAGCUGCUACCACUCCCACUCCCAGGCUCCUGCCCAACCCGGCCAGGGCUCCCAAGGCCGGGGCCAAGGCCGGACGCCAGGGCGAGAUCACCAUCUUGUCUGUGGGCAGGUUCCGCGUGGCCCGAAUUCCUGAGCAGCGAACAAAUUCACUGGCCUCUGAGGUGAAGACCAUCACGGAGGCUGGGCCUUCAGGGGGUGAUUUCACUGACUCCCCACAACCUGGCCUCCCUACUGAGCAGCGGGCACUGCUGGGAAGUAGUGGAAACCACACUAAGUGGCCAAAGCCCCUGGCAGAGAAGAAGGCCGAGGAGAACCGCUAUGUGGUCCGGCUAAGUGAGAGCAACCUGGUCAUCUGAGGGACUCUCUUGUCUGAGGACACUGCGGCCUGUCCUGGGAAGGCUUCCUGGAGGAGGUAGAGCUCCAGCUGGGCCCGAAAGGAUCACGAAGCAAUGGCCCAGCAGACAAACAGCAAAGGCCAAGGCCUGGAGGCGGGAGUGUCUGCCCCAGUGAGGAGGCAGGCCGGCAGGCACCGUGUCCAGGAGCAAGUUGAAAGCCCCGCGCAUCCCUGCUGCCCAGUUCCUUCCCUGCAGGAUGCCCCUGGCCCUGUGCCCUGGUCAGAUCCUAGGAGCCCACGGGAUCCUCUGUACCACCAGGAGGCUGGGCCUUGAAGGUAGGGAGGGGCCCUCUGCUUGGCAGCCCUGGCCCCACACCUUGGUAAUUAGCCACCUCCUGCCUCAGUACAGGGCCCUCCAGCAGAUGUACCUCCCCUUCCUCUUGAGGCAACACAGUGCCGUGGGCUGGGAGUCUGAGUUCCUGGGUUCUAAUCCUGGGCAAGUCCCUGGCCAUCACUGGGUCCAAAUUUUUUUGACUCGAAGCCUCAGGGCCCAGGGCCUCUCCAGCCCCCUUCAGGCUCUGAGCUGGGUCUCGUAGGGGGAGAGCUUGCCUCCUUGCUGCCUCUCCCACUAGUAGCUUCAUGUGGCCCCAUUUUUGCUGCUUCCAGGGCCUCUACCUUCAAGGCCCCUAUGGGGCUAUCCACCCACAGCUCUGCCUACAGAGGGGCUUAAUGCAUGCGCCUGCCUCCCCCUGCUCUUUUUACUGAAGAACAGACUUGAUCUGGGUGGGGCUGUGGCAGAGCCCCAGCCUGUCCAGCUACUUGCACGGUAGCAGGAGCUUCAGGGAGAGGCGUGUGACAGGCUGGAGAGGCACCUCUGACCUAGGUGCUGUGUGUCCCUGUGGUGUUGGUGUCUGUCCCUAGCCUGGGCAGUGCGGGCAACAGCCCAGCCUGUCUCCAGCAUAGCUCAGAAACCUGGUUAUUUAUGUGGGGCUGUGCAGGCACGGGCCCCACUCUCGUCCCUAUUUCUUAUUUAUUGAAACUUGGCUGUUGUCCUGUCCUUGCGUUUCCAUCCCCAUCCAUUUGUUGAAUAAAAGGUGGGAUAGUGGUGUCACGAGGAGCUUCUUUUCCCUGUGCCUCUUCCCUGGC